UUAGGGACUCCAUGUGUGAUUGCGUUUUUAAUACGCAAAGGACGUAGAAGGCAUUUAUAUAUGUAUGAUGCUGUUGAAGAAUUUCUGCAAGCCCACAACAACCUCUUGCCAAGAAGGUACUCUUACUCAGAAAUUAAGAAGAUGACCAAAAGUUUCAAGGACAAAUUGGGUGAAGGAGGCUAUGGCACUGUAUAUAAGGGAACACUUCAGAGUGGCCAACUUGUAGCUAUAAAGAUGUUAGGAAAAUCCAGAGCCAAUGGAGAAGAAUUUAUAAAUGAAGUUGCAACUAUUGGGAGGAUUCACCAUGUUAAUAUAGUGCAGCUUAUUGGAUUUUGCGUUCAAGGGUCAAAUAGGGCUAUUAUAUAUGAAUUCAUGCCUAAAGGGUCUCUGAAUAAGUACAUUUUUUCGAUAGAAGAAAGUAAUGUCCUAAACUACAAGAAAAUUUAUGAUAUUGCUAUAGGAGUUGCGCGUGGGAUUGAAUAUUUACAUCGAGGAUGUGACAUGCAAAUUUUGCAUUUUGAUAUUAAACCUCACAACAUUCUUCUUGAUGAGAAUAUUACUCCUAAGGUUUCUGACUUUGGCCUUGCAAAAUUGUAUCCAGUAAAUAACAAAAUUGUUUCUUUGACUGCAGCAAGAGGGACAUUGGGAUAUAUGGCUCCUGAAUUAUUCUACAAAAAUAUUGGAGGCGUCUCCUACAAAUCUGAUGUUUACAGUUUUGGAAUGUUAUUGAUGGAAAUGGCAAGUAGAAGAAAGAACAUUAAUGCAUUUGUAGAGCAUUCAAGCCAAAUUUACUUCCCUACUUGGGCCUAUGACCAAUUGCACAAUGGAAAGGACAUAAAAAUAGAAGAUGCCAGGGAGGAGGAAAAGAAAAUCAUUAAGAAAAUGAUCAUAGUUGCAUUAUAUUGCAUACAGAUGAAGCCUAGUGAUCGCCCUUCAAUGAACAAUGUCAUAGAAAUGCUUGAAGGAGAAGUUGAAUGCUUACAAAUGCCUCCCAUGCCUACCUUAUCAUCACCAGGGAGACCCAUAAUGGAUGCUGCGGAGAAUUCGAAUCAAAGUUGCUCUUCAAUUCAAUCGCAUGAAUCAAAUCAAUGA